AUGGAAGAAACAGAUGGAAUUAGAUCAAUGGUGGUGCGAGAUAUAAAUUGUACCACAUUAAACCGCGUUAUUGGGGCUUGUUUAGAGACUGUACCUGAAGCUUUAUUAGUUACGGAGCAUUGUGCUAAAGGCAGUUUACAGGAUCUUUUAGGAAAUCCAAAUUUUUCACUAGAUGCCCAAUUUAAAUUUUCUUUAGCAAUAGAUGUUGCAGAGGGAAUGUGUUUUUUAACACAAAGUUCAAUAGGUUACCAUGGUAAUUUAUCAAGCUCGGUAUGUUUGAUUGAUAACCGUUUCUCAGUGAAAAUAACAGAUUAUGGUUUACCAAGUUUAUUUUGCAAUGAAAAGAAAGAUUACGACUCGCAAGAAUACAAAACAGAGUGUUUAUGGAAAGCUCCGGAGGUUCUGCGGUCUGUAACCACGAAAGGUUCUAAAGAGGCUGAUGUUUAUAGCUACGGUAUCAUACUGUAUGAAAUAUUAUCAAGGGAACAACCCUUUUUUGAAGAGACAGGUGAACUGGGGACAUCAGUUGUUUUAGAGAAAUUAAAAGCUGGUGGCAGCCCACUAUUCCGACCAAAAUUAGACUUGCCUUUAAAAAUGAAAGAAUUGGCCAAACUGAUAUCGGAAUGUUGGCAAGAACAUCCAUCAAGUCGGCCAGACUUUCCUCGUAUUAAACAAGUAUUAAGAUUACAAGCAAGCCGUUUUGGAGAAUCUGUUAACUUGUUGGAUAAUUUAUUGAGAAGAAUGGAACUGUAUGCUAAUAACUUAGAGAAAAUGGUAGAAGAUAAAACUCAGGAACUGGUAGAAGAGAAGAAAAGAUCAGAACAGCUUCUUUAUGAAAUAUUACCAAAGUCUGUAGCAGAAAAUUUAAAGUUAGGGCUCCCAGUGGAACCGGAAGCUUUUGAGAGUGUUACUAUAUAUUUCAGUGAUAUAGUUGGCUUCACAGAUAUAUCAGCACGUUCUACACCACUUCAGGUUGUUGAUCUCCUGAAUGAUCUGUAUUCGUGUUUUGAUGCGAUCAUAGACACUGUUGAUGUUUAUAAGGUUGAAACUAUAGGAGAUGCAUAUAUGGUAGUAUCAGGAUUACCAGAUAGAAAUGGUGACCACGCACAGCAGAUUGCUACGCUGGCAUUACUACUUAGACAAGCUAUCGAUUCAUUUAUUAUAAAACAUCUACCAGAUGAGAAAGUUCAACUUAGGAUCGGAAUACAUACAGGACCAACAGUAGCGGGUGUUGUAGGGUUGAAGAUGCCCAGAUAUUGUCUAUUUGGUGAUACAGUUAAUACAGCUUCUAGAAUGGAAUCGUGUGGAGAAGCUAUGAAGAUUCAUAUAAGUUCAGAGACCUACAUUAGAUUAGAGAAAUAUAUCCAGUUUACACUUAUUCCACGGGGAGAAAUAAACGUUAAGGGAAAGGGAAAUAUGGCAACGUAUUGGUUGGAGGGUUAACAGUACAAGAUAUCUAGAGAGUUCCUAGAGCAUUUUAUGCGACAUCUUAUUUGAAAAGAGACAACCCAUUAGGAUUCAAC